CGUUGGUGAAAAUAGUCGUCGUGCUUAAACUUGAGUGUUAUUCAGCCCCAUACCCCACUGUUAAGAGGUCUUUGGCUGCACAAAGUUUACCGCGAAAAUGGUGGACCAAUUUGUUGGAACAUGGAAGAUGAGCCUCAGUGAGAACUUUGAUGAGUACAUGAGGGCAAUAGGGGUCGGCAUGGCCAGUCGCCAGGUGGGGAACGUGAUCAAACCAAAAUUCAUCGUCAGCGUGGCUGAAGGUGUCAUUUCCAUGAAGACACAAAGUACUUUCAAAAGUACCGAAAUUAAAUUCAAACUGGACGAAGAGUUUGAAGAGAGAACCGCUGACGACAGAGUGACCAAGACCAUCGUCUCGUUUAUCAACGGAAAGUUGGUGCAGAAACAAACGUGGGACGGCAGGAGCACGACCCUGGAGCGAGCACUGGAGAGUGGCAAACUCAUAACGACAUGCACUGCUGGUGAUGUGGUUGCAGUGAGGACUUAUGAAAGGGAGGCAUAACUCUUCAGGAAGUUGAAUAACCGGUGGAGUCCAAAAUGCAAUCUCUUCAAUAAAUCCAUUUCAGUCAAUUGUC